CCGCUCUUCUUCCUGGAUGUGGUGAUGAAACCUCACUGGUCGCUUCUCUCUGAAGGCAAACAACAGAAGUCCGUUAGACUGAAGAGGAGCAGAGCGGUGCACACUGACUGACAGAGAGGUGGAGGCUGAAGCGGUGCGGCUUUUCGGUGCUAAACUGUAAAGGUAAUAAUCUGUAAGAAAAGUUGACUUAAGUGAGAGUCCUAAAAGCAACAACUAUGAAUGUGUCUCAAACAAUGACGACAGAGGAGACACUCACAUGUCUCCACAUUUAUCUCUAUCAUCCUGAGCAAGCCACCCAGCCUCUGUACAACCUCUUGCCCCUGAAUCGCCUUCACAAGAGGAGCGCCGAAGACUCCGUCAGGUUGGGGCGAGACGGACAGACCUGCACUUUCGUCCUGAACGACGCUCGUGUCUCCAGAAAGCAGAUUUCUUUCCAGGCAUAUCGCAAGGCUGGUAGUGCAGACAUGCGCUUCACUGUCCAGAACAUUAGUCAGAAAGGCAAGGUUGUGGCCAACGGGUGUGAACUGGGAUACCUUGAGCGAGCCGAUCUUGAGGAUAAGGCCCUGCUCCGAUUCGGCAGGUACGAGUUGCUGAUUUUGAGGGAACCUGGCGAAUCACAGGACAGUUUUGAGGUUCUGUUUGAGAAGCGGAACAUUCCCCCUUCACGAGAAAUGGGCGUGGAUGUAAACUUCAGGUCAGCGGUGAUGGAAACAGGCAUGAGAAGCUAUCAGAAUGGAGGACCUCUUAGUCAAGAGCCACUUGAGUCUGACGAGACUCUGUUUGAGUAGCUGUUGGGAAAGAAUCCAGCUGUUUGCACUGAUCUAAACAUGAGUUCACCAAGCUGUGCUUUUGUGGUUAUUAUUAGUGUCUGAAAAAGAAAGGCUGCUGUUGAAUCAGCAAAAAUGACAGUUUCUUCAUUUCGCAGAGUGAGAAAAUAAGCAGGUUUCCACUUUGAAACUUUGCCUGUUCUUGUUAAUAUUUUGAUUUCUGAUUCACUUUUUUGACUCUGUUACUUAAAAUUCCAUGUCUUUUUUUCUUCUUAGGACCACUUAAAAUAUGUGUGAAGGUUUAUAUACCAAAAACAAUCAGUUUCAUUUUUCCAUGACCAUUUUCCAAACUCCAUAAUCCAUUAGAAUUAAACAAACUGUUUUUAUUACUGUGCAAUUAAGUCUAAUAUAUGUAAGUUUUAUCUGAUCUUCAGUGUGACAACUUCAGUGUGAAUAGGCAGGGCUGAAGUGUUGUCGGCUGAAUAGGUGGAUGAGUGUAAAUGUGCUUUUUGUGAUAUCACAGUUUUAGUGAAAUCACAGAAACCACAAAUUCAAGCUAUUUUCAUAUGCAUGAACCGUGGGGUGAAUGUUAUAUUUAGAAACUUUAACAGUGUUUGCAUGCUACUUCAAACUGUUUUAUUUUAAAAAAGGGAAUUUGUUAUGGCACACUGGCCCUUUAAAGCUCUUUGUAAAUAAUGGACUGAACAAAACAUUGAGUAGCAUUUUUGACUGGAACCAGCUAAUUGUAUUUUUCUAAACACUGAGCCAGAGGUUUACCCCCUCUCUAUAUACAAGUAUGCUUAUCUUAAAGUAUUUAAACUAGUAUUCAUAGCAUUAUUGUUAUCCUGAGAUAUACUGUGUAAUAUUGUGAUAAAGUACCAUGCAUUUGUUGACCGUUCAUGUGUUACACAUAUGAAGUAUAGGCAGGAAUGCCCUGAAAUGUGAGAAAUAGCUAAUGAAGGCUAACACUCUGUAUUAACUUUAAUAAACUGAAUUUUGUAAA